AUGAGUGCACAAACGGCACUGCGCUCCUUGCUUGCGGAGCUGGUGGAGGAUGCUGCCAAGGACAGGGCAGAUGAGGCACCAGAAGCAUGGGCUGCUCUUGAGAAAUUUGCGAGGAGCAAGUUCGAGUCGGAGGAUGAGGUUGCCUUGCUGGCAAGUGUGCUUCUAGAUUCAGCCGAGGGUUUGCCAGCGUUUGUGGCAGAGAGCAUCAAGCACAAAGGUCAGCGAGAUGGGCAUGCAAAAGUGAGGGAGGCAAUCUACAAGUGGCUGGACGGCUUCCUGCGCAGCCUACCUGCAGAGCGUGCCAGGGCGUAUGCGGCAGUCGCGGUCGAAGAUGUGGCUGUCUUUGGGUUUAGGCGAGAGAUUGACAACUACUGCCGAGCUGCCUCGCUGCUGCCACUGCAAGCAGCCCUGGAGCUGCGAAUAGGGCCCUGGACCACAGAUGGGAGGAAGGCAGCCGCGCUGGCGGAUCAGCUGCAGGGGACGUAUCUGCGGGAUAAAAAAGCCUCUGAGACCGUCAAGGCAGCCAUCCUUGAAUCGCUGGGCCUUCUUGUGGAGGCAUCACCCGAGGAUGCCUUUGGAGGGGGAGCGUUCAAGCCCAGCUGGCUACUGGAGGAGUGCCGCUCAGUGCUGGACCGAAUCUCUGGAUCUGGCAAGGCCCAAGCAGGGCUGGCUGCCGGCGCUCUGGCCGGCCUGUCUGCAGCUUUUGCCGCCUGCAAGGAGGAUGAGGGGCAGGCGGUCAAUGCAGUGGCCUGGGACUACUUUCUGAGGACGAUCAGAAGUGUGGAUGGGCUUAAAAGGUACCAAGGGCUCAAGGCAGCCAUGCGCAUGGUCAUCACACAGACAAGGCGAUUCAGGGUUCAGCUGACAGCCAAUGCAAGGCUGGUCUUUGAGACGCUGACCUCUCUUAAGGCCACCCACUCCAACAAGGAUGUCAGGGCAGCUGCUGAGGACACCAUCACUGCAGCUCUCCAUGAGUUCGGGGAGGCCAUGUGCGAGGAGGGCGCAGAGCAGAAGACGCACGCCGUCAUACUGGGGUACUUCACCCACCGGCUGACGGAUCCCAAGACCUCGGGCAAGGAGCUCACCGUGGCAGUGCAGGCCGUUGGAGAGCUUGCUGCAGCCACCAAGAAAUACUUCGGCACCAAGGGGGUGGAGAAGCUGCUGGAGUACCUGGCACCCCUCGGGCAGAAGUCAGCGAUGACUGAGGGCGGUGACGUCUUCUCAGGAGAGAACACAACCUAUGAUGUGGCACUCCUCAGAGCUCUGUCCAAGAUCAUGGCGCAGCUAGAGCACAUUCCAGAGGUGACGCUGCAGCAGAGCCUGGACAUAGCCAGCCGAGCAAGCCGAGCCUACCCCUCUCUCUGGCCCAAGCAGCAGGUCCAGGUGCACACAGCGCUGUGCAGCCUUCUGGCCGCUCUCGCCCAAAAACAGGCGCUGCUGACAGGGCUGCUGCCGCGGCUUGUGGCCUCCCUUCUCACACACACCCUCCAGCCCUCUGAUGCACCCUCGGCCCCACAGCCAGGCGGCACGGCCAGCAAGGAUGCUGACUCAUCCUGGAAGGCAUACCUGCCGCUGUGGGCGGCUCUGAUCAAGGGAGAGGGGCUGCCUCAACAGGGCGCUCCCACAAACGGCCAGGUGCACGGUUGGUCACAGCCACUGUACGACGCGCUGCUGACGGCUGUACUUGACGCUCUGCGGAACCUGGACCUGGAAUACUACCAGACUGCUGAUGUGGCAGAGGCGCCAGACAGCCACGCUGCACCAGUGGAGAUCACAGAUCAGGAAGAGGAGGGCUCGGCAGUGCAGGCGGACAUUGGGGCCGGGCUGCGGCCGCAGAACAUGGCCGACAUGCGCGCGUUCCUCAACCUGUCUGGCUUCCUGACUGACUUCCUGCCGCUGUGCGGCGGCCAGCCGUUCCGAGGGUGGGCAGAUGUCCUUGGAGUGGAGGUGAUGGCAGGGGCCACCAAUAGGCCGCUGCUGUCGGGUUUCUACCGCAUGAUGGCUGUGGCCCUGCGCCUGUCUGAGGAGGGCGGCCUAUUUAGCCAGAACGAAAUAGGCAGCCCUGAUAGCGCUGGCCACAUCGCCUAUGGCCAGGUGGUGGGAGAGUGGCUGAGGGAGGUGGCAGUGGCCUCCAGGCGCUACAGGGACGAGCUGCUGAGCGCUGUCCUGGACCUACUGCUCUCUGCGCCUCCCACACUCAUCCGGCCCACGGAGAUGCUGGGCCCGCUACAGGCAGCACUUUCUCUGGGCCUGCAGUAUCCGCCUCUGGCCGCCACCGCACUCCGCGCAUUGGAGCGGCUGGAGGGCCGGUCAAAGUCAACGCUCGAUGAGCUCGCGCCGGCGAUAGUACCCCUGUUGGAGCCAUACCUGCUGCCCAUCAGCGCCUCGGAGCUGCCCGUGCAAGGGGCUUCGCCGGGGGGCGAUGACGCGGCGGAGGGGAGCGAAGCCGAUGGGAAGGGUGACGCGGAUGAAGGGGAUGCAGCCGCCAAGGAGGCCUUUAAACGGAUCCGCGACGAGGCCGAGACGGCUGCCAAACGCACACAUCUCGCCCGCUUCCAGGGGUUGGCAGCGCUGCAGCCAAAGAUCCAGGCAUGGCUGGGGAGGUUGGGGGGAGCGGCAGAUGCUCUGGUGCUGGCGCCGACAAAGCCGGGCCACGCAAACGCCGUAACCAGCCGCCGCUGGGACCCACAGGACAAGAUCGGCAUCAGAGCGGCCCUGCCCGGGCUGGAGGAGCCUGUGCUGUGGCUGGACACCAUCUUGCCGCUGGCGGCUGAGCUGGCGGAGAGGAGCGCUGAGCGCGCGACAAGGGUGGCAGCGUGCGAGUUUCUGCACGCAGCGAUUCUGUGGAUGGUGGGCACCAACGCGCGCCGGCCCAUGAGCCGCGACGCGGCUGAGGACUUCCAGGCAUGCGCACCCCGCAUGCAGUCAUGCAAUGAACUAUAUGACGCGCGUCCGACGGCGUUCCAUGGCAUCCUGUCGCGCGCGUUACCAGUCGCGUUGCGGCUGGCGGCCGGGGCCGAGCCGGUGGCGCGCCAGCUGUUUGAGCCGCUCGUCAUGUCCCUCGUGCACUGGUUCACCCGCGCCGCCCGUAGGGAGGCGGCCGAGACAAUGGCGCUGCUGGAUGCAAUUCUGGAGGGCCUCGCGGACAGCCAGAACGGCGCGUUGCGCGAGCUGUGCGCAACUGCGACACGAGAAUUUCUGGUCUGGUCUGCCAAGCACAUCCCCGCCGCGCCCGCCGAGCCGGGCCGAGCCGGUGCCGGCGGCAAUCUCAAUGCGGCCUCCCUGCUGCGCCGGCUCUUUGACCGUCUCGCUCACCCCGAACCCUACCAGAGACUGGGGGCGAGCCUGGCGCUGAAGCAGUGCGCUGCUGCUCUGGCGAGGGAGCCAGAUUUGGCGGACGAAUACAUGCUGCAGGCGCUGCAGCAGGUGGUCCUAGCGCUCCGAGCCGCCGAGGCCGACCCUGCCGGCACCGGCACGCGCCAGCAGGCUGCCGAGGCCAUGCAGGAGCUGGUGAGGGCGAUGUACAAGCGCCCCCGGGUGGUGGACAAGCUAAGGGUUAGCAAGGCGGCGAGGCCGGGCCUGCCUGAUCUGUCCAGCUUCCUGGCCUGGCUGUGGCCGCUGACUGCCGCUCGACAGCGCUUCUUCAGAGGCCACGCCAUGUGGCUGCACAAGCACCUGGCCACACUCCAACUGGCUGAUGCAGCAGCUGAAGGCAUGACCACCUUUAAUCUGGCUUCCACUGUGCUGUAUGGAAAGAAACUGAGCGCAUCAGCGGCAUGGGUGGCGGCGCAUGUGGCAAGCGAGGCCAAGACCGAGCAGCAGAUGGCUCAGGAGUUCGUCACCAUGUCAUCGCCUGUGCCGAGCGUGGGCGGCAUGCAGAUGAAGCGCUGGCUGCAGGAACUAGAAGGGCGGUUGCACUGGGCAGUGUGGGGCAUGGAGCAAGGCUUCUUGCUUCCCGAGACGCUAUCACUCCCCAGCAGUCGAUCAAAGGCCAAGAGCUUGCAUGUGGUGGCUGCACUGGAGCAGUACUUCGACCUGCUGCAUGACAGCGGCGCACCAAAAAGCGGCAGCAAGUUUGCUGGUGCUGAGAAGGAGGGGCAGCGACUCGCCAGCAGAGCCCUUGCCUUCUUGAAGCUGGUUGUUGGAGAAGAGGUCAUCAGUCAGGACUCAUCAGGGCUCCACCACUUCCUGCUGGCCGCUCUGCUGUCCCCACACAGCCUGGGCAUACCGCCCUCAGAGGAUGAAACAGCCCGCAAGUUUGCUGCAGAGGCCAGAGGUAUCCUGGAGGUGGCAUCCAAAAAGGACAAGGUGCUGCUACUCGCACUGAAGCCUGCCCUGGCAGGAAAUCUGUCCCAAUUUCCCCUGCUACAACAGAAGGCCAAGGGGCGCGCAGCGAGCAGCGCUAAUCAGAGCGCCCUGGAGAUGUUCAGCAGUGACCGGCCAGACUCGGUGGCGUGGCUGAGAGGCCUCACCCUCCUGGCAGAGCUGGAUGCAAGCCUUGACCCAAAGCUGCUGCCGACAGAUGUCAAGUCCUCUCUGCCCGAGCUGUUGCUGGACACUGCAAGCCGCUCAGCGGCGAGUCUCUUGCCCAAGCAGCGGCCGGUGAUGGAGGGAGCGUUGAACCUUGCUAUCCGCCUGGGCUUGCCCACGAGCGCCCUUCUGGACAAGGUCCUCGACCCCAGCACAGGCGCUGCCUUCUAUGAGAGCUUCCGCAGAGCGGUACACAGCUGGGUGCUUUGGAAUGCGGCCACGGUGUGUGAGCCGCUCUGCGAGGAGCUGGGCGCCGACGCGCGUGGCGCUGCCGACACGGCCGAGCGCAUCCUGUCCGGCACGCUGGAGGCGCUGCUGCGCGGCCACGUGGCCGGCCGCCUGGACCCCCGAGCCAGGUCAUUCUUGGGGCAGCUGCUGCCGGCGCUGCCGCGGCUUCGGCCGAUGCUGGCGGAGGGCGCGGCCUCGUCCGAGCGUAGGAUGGCGUUCCUGCGACUGCUGCGCCAGCUGCUGGAGAUGGACUCUUCUCUGGUGUUGUCGCCCGCGCAGCAGGCCUCCUGCUUCCUGCUGGACGGCUACCUCACCAUACUCAACACCAGGGGCGGCAACGCGGAGCAGCAGUCGCGGGUGACGCAGGCGCGCACGGAGGCGCUGCGGCUGCUGGCGCCGUUUCUGGCGCUGCCGGCCGACAAUGCGCGUCGCGUGCUGGACGCAGCCACAGACUACGCCGCGCAGCUGCUCGCCAUGCUGGACGCCGCUGUGGCGGCUGCCGAGAGCGGCACGCGCGUCGAGGCCUUCCUGGAGGCUCUGCUGCCAGUGCUGCGCGAGAUGGGCACGGCCCGGGGCCACACUAGGCAGAGCAGCCUUGAGACGCGCCUGGCGCUCAUUGCUGCUGCUCCCUGGAAGAGCACCAGGACUGCCCAGUUGCCAGGAGUACAUGGCCAAGCAUCACCGGAUGAUGGGGGCAGGUCAGAAGCGCAGGCGACCGCGCUGCUGAACUUUGCGUGGGGCUUUGUCUUUGAGGCGCCCGGCGGCACGCUACACUUCCUGGACAUUAGGCACGCCCCCACAUAUACCAAUGUUAUCAUGAGUAUGCCGAGGGCGAUGCUGCACCAUGUUCUGCUGCCUGCGCUGCGCUUUGCCCCGCUGGCAUUCCAGAAGGCCUACCUGACAGAGCGCGCACCUCGCCUGAGGGACAUCCUCUCUCGGGCACCCACCUCUGCACCUGGGCUCCUGGGAGAUGAGGAGGCUGGCCUGUAUGCACGUGAAGCUGCGCACUACGUCCUGCAGCACAUCUAUGCAGCCGUUCCUCCUGUGGACAUCAAGGAGCACGUCCUGGCCUCUAUUGGAGGCAACAAGGAUGUGACAAUCUGGGCCAUGAAGGACGUCCGGGAGUUGAGUGUAUCUGAUAAUUCAUUGGAGCCUGCUGCCCGUUCUGCACGCUCUGCUGCGUUCGCCACAGCUGCAGGCUGCAUCGCUGCCACCCAGGACAAGGAGAGCCUCUUUGCCAACCCCCUCAAGCCCCCUGGAAAGACAGCCGACCCUGCAGGGCCGUGGCCGCGGUUGCUUGAUGUGGAUCAAGCGCUGCAGUUUCCAGUGCAGCUGGAGGGAAGCCGCGGGCAGCAGGCCAGGCGCGCGCUGGGCAGCAUCCAGGCAGUCGAGCGGCAGCUGCGCACUGACCGGGCAGGUUCCACGCAGAGCACGCUUGGCACGCUCAGCAGCCUGUCUGCGACGGCGUCCCUCACUGACAAGCUCAACUCCUCACAAUACUCUCUUGGAGAGGAGAUUAAGGAUGCCAAUGAGACAAAGCCCAGUGACAACAUGGGGGGAGCAUACAGAGCCUCCUUGGGCGGUGCCGCGAACUUCAAUGAUGACACUUUCCAGGAUGAGCUGCUGGAGAGCGCCCCGUCUCUAAAACCAGCUGGCGAUGAACCCCUGACCUGCGAAGAUGAGCUGGAUAGCAGCCCCUGCAUGCUGCCCCUGGUCAAGCUCAUAGAGAAGGCCGCCACCUUGUGGCAACCAGGCGGGCAGGGCAUGCCAGCCUGGAUGGCGCUCCUACACAGCGCAGUGUCUGAUACAUCGGUGCCCCACUACGUCCGCCUGUUUCUGACCAAGGCCGUCCUUCAUGUGGACAAACGGCAUGGGCAUCCAUCGAUAUUCGGUCGCUUUGCAGCAGAGUGGUUCCCUGUAAUGGUGGACGCUCUGAUUGGCGAUGUGGAGAAGCCAGAAGAAGUGGGCAUCCACUAUUUCCUGCUGGACGCCUGUGUCACCUUCCUGGGCUGGCCUGCCCUGUUCCCUGUGCCUCCCAGGGGCGGCGCUGCACCCACCCUCAUGAACUACCUGGUGAGGGCCGCGUUUCACGAGGAGGGGGCAGUGCAGCGCAAUAAUUUCAGCCUGCUCAAGGUCUUCAUCGCGCGGUGGCAGACGGUCCCCCCGCCGGGGGACGCCAUAGCCCUUCAUGUGGCCGCCGGGGGGCCUCAGGCAUCCAAGGGGCCCAAGGGGCGCCUGCCAAAGCUCAUCGCAGACCAGCGCACCUUCGGCCUCCGCAUAUUAGCUGCCGGGCUGCUGUACGGCCAGGCGAAGGCGGUGCUGGCUGGGCCGCGGGGGAAGGAGCUGGCGAGGAGGGCGGUUGACGCGCUGGGCGCCAAUGGCGGGCAGCGCUUUGUGACGCAGGCAGGCUUCCUUUUUGCCGGGGAGACGGCGGGGCUGCUGCUGCGCCAAUUGGAGCGGCUUGGCGCUGACGUCCAGGCUGCCCUGGGAUUAAUUGCCUCGCAGCUGCAGAGCGAUGUGCGCGGCACACUCAUCGGCGUGUUCAACAGCCGCCCGGACGCGGCUCUGUUUGCUGUGGAGCGGCUCAGUGCAUUCCAUGCGCCGAUCGUGGACGCGCUGCAGAGCCAGCUAGUGGGCGCCUUCAACAGCACGGCGGGCCUCUUCCGGGUGCUGGCGUUGGACAGUCUUCGGCGGCGUGCGGCGUCCCUGCCGGGCCUCCUGGACGAGCUGCGGCCGGAGCUGGGCCGCGCGCUGGCCGCCCCCAACGACGCCAUCCAGUCGUCCGCCCUGCGCCUGCUUGUGGACUUGCUGCCACGCGAGCCGGACAACCGAGCAGGCGCGCCCAGAGACUAA